UUGCUUUGAUAUUUUUGCAGUCAACACACAUGGCCUCUCAGCAGAUAACAGAAGAAGCUGUUUGCCUUUGCACUGGAAAUCCAUUGCCCAAAGACAUUGAGCAAAUAUCUUACUGGCUUCUAAAUGAACAAUAUUCAGAGAGCUUUAAAAGAACUAAUGAUAUGAAAACAAGGAAAGGACUGGCCCUUGUUGAUAUUGUAAGAGAAGUGACAAUGUUUGUAUUUAAGAUUAAGAUACCUCCAGCUGUUCGAGUGCAAUUGGUGAAUGAUUUGGCUGACAUAGAGUAUGUGUUGCUGCUGCCUACUUUUUUAUGCAGUCUUGGAAAUUUAUUUUUCCACUGA